UAAGAAAAGAAAAAUGGGGUUCUUGAUAAAUUUGGUUUUAUGGUUUUUUUUCUCAUCACCAACCAUAAGAACAAAUGGUGACGAUGAGGUGAUAAACUUACCACCAUGUGAUUACUCUACCAUGUACAACUUUGGUGAUUCAAAUUCAGACACUGGAGGGAUAGCAGCAGCGUUUUAUCCACCAGCAUCACCUUCCGGUGAGACGUACUACGGUCGGCCGGUCGGCAGGGCCUCCGAUGGCCGUCUCAUCAUAGACUUUAUUGCUGAGAAUCUGGGGUUACCGUAUCUGAGUCCGUAUCUGGAUUCAGUAGGAUCCAGUUACCAGAACGGGGCGAACUUUGCAACGGGUGGAGCAACCAUUUUACGGCCAAAUGGAUCUUGGUUUGACAGUGGUCUCAGCCCCUUCAAUCUUGAAAUCCAAGUUGAGCAUUUCACGCAGUUUAAGGAUAGAACUGCUUAUUUAUAUGGUCAAGCACAAGACGAGUGCACUAGAAAAAGACUCCCAAGACCUGAGAACUUCUCAGAGGCUCUCUUCACUCUAGACAUAGGACAAAACGACGUCGCCGUAGGUAUACGAAGUUUGAGCUACGAACUCCAACAAGCAGUCGUCCCCAAUAUACUCAGCCAGUUCAUAACACAAGUUCGAGGCUUGUACGAGAGAGGAGCGAGGACGUUCUGGGUACACAACACGGGGCCGAUCGGCUGUUUGCCGGUGGCAAUUGCUAAAGUGAAAGAUCCUGCGCCGGGGUAUCUUGAUGAGAAUGGCUGCGUCAAGAGCCAGAAUGAUAUAGCCUUGCAGUUCAACGAAGAGCUCAAGGAUGAGAUUGUGAAGCUAAGAGCAGAGCUCUCCGAUGCAGCCAUAGUCUAUGUUGACAUGUAUGCUGCCAAGUAUGAGUUGAUCACCAAUGCCAAGAAUCAAGGAUUUGAGGACCCUUUCGAGAUCUGCUGCGGUUAUCAUGGGAUUGGAUACGAUGUUUGGUGUGGGAACAAAGGGAAUGUAAAUGGCACUGAAGUUUAUGCUGGUUCUUGUGAAGAUCCUUCUAAAAUCAUCAGCUGGGAUGGGGUGCAUUACACUGAAGCUGCAAAUCAUUGGAUAGCAAACCGUAUUGUGAAUGGAUCUAUGUCGGAUCCAUCGAUCCCAAUCACAAGUGCAUGCCAUGCAAGAGCAAAUCUCAGUGCUCUGGGAUUCUUCUAAUGCAUGAGGGCGAAAUUUAUGAAUGUAGCCAUGCAUGUAAGCGCAAUCUAGUUAUCUAAUGUUGCAAUUCAAUUGUCCUAGCCAAGACAGGAAGAUUUCUUACUUUGGUACAUACAUAAAAACCUUUUUAUAUACAUCAUCAC